CCAGCUACUCCUGCUGUGAAUCCCUUUGUCGCCCGGGGCCUUGCCCUCUCGCUUCUCCCCCUUUUCUGGGCCCUUACCCGUUCUAUGCCAUGCACGGCGGGGAUUCAGGUUACUGGGCGACAACAAUCUCUCUAACCGCCUAAAACUGAACGUUGAAAAAAACUGACACAAUCUUUUGUGUUUUUAUUAAUAGAAAUGCCUGCCGUACCCCCCGUCGCCAGCAAGACGUCGCCGACGUUCUCGCCUAACGAUGUGACGGUGCUGUUCGUGCUAGGCGGGCCGGGCGCCGGCAAGGGCACGCAGUGCGCGAGGCUCGUCGAGGAUUUUGGGUUCACGCACCUGUCGGCUGGCGACCUGCUGCGGGCCGAGCAGACGCGCGAAGGCUCCGAGUUUGGCGCGCUGAUCCGGGACUGCAUCAAGGACGGGUCGAUUGUGCCCAUGGAGGUGACGGUGCAGCUGCUCGAGAACGCCAUGAAGGACACGAUUGCCGCUGUACGAGGAGGAUCAGGAGGAGCCAAGGCCCGCUUCCUCAUCGACGGCUUCCCGCGCAAGAUGGACCAGGCCUUCAAGUUCGAGGAGGCCGUCUGCCCCGCGCGCCUCGUGCUCUUCUUCGACUGCCCCGAGGACGAGAUGGAGCGGCGCCUGCUCGAGCGCGGCAAGACCAGCGGCCGCUCCGACGACAACGCCGACAGCAUCCGCAAGCGCUUCCGCACCUUUGUCGAGACGAGCAUGCCCGUCGUCGACCACUACGAGAAGGAAGGCCGCGUCAUCAAGGUCGACGCCACCCCGGCCCCCGAUGCAGUCUACCGCGACACCCAGGCCAAGCUCACCAAGGUCUUGGGCGACAACUUUUAAAGCGGAAGCUAGGCCCUAUCCACUGGUACCUAGCAGCGCGUGCGACUGGGGCGACGACGAGUGUGUCGACCUGGGCUUUUUUCGGUCCUGUUUGACUGUUGUAUAGAACGACGGAGUCUCCUC